AUGGUACAGCCUACCGCGCGCAUCGGCCGCAAGAAGAAGAGGGCCGGUGGCACUAGCGCUGCCGCAAAGAUGCCUCCCGUCUUCCCCACGAGUCGAUGCAAGCUCCGACUGCUGCGCAUGCAGCGCAUCCACGAUCACCUGCUAUUGGAAGAGGAAUUUGUCGAGAACCAAGAGCGCCUUCGGAAGGCAAAGGCUGUCAAGGACAACUCGGCGCCCACUUCGGAACUAGAAUCCACAGACCGGGUCGCCGACGAACGCAGCCGUGUUGACGACAUGCGGGGCAGCCCCAUGGGGGUUGGCACGCUCGAGGAGAUGAUCGAUGACGACCACGCCAUUGUUUCUAGCACAACUGGGCCGGAGUAUUACGUCAGUAUCAUGAGCUUCGUCGACAAGGAUCUGCUGGAACCUGGCGCUAGCGUACUGCUGCACCACAAAACCGUCAGCAUUGUCGGCGUCCUCACAGACGAUACAGACCCGCUUGUGAGCGUCAUGAAGCUAGACAAGGCGCCCACGGAGUCGUAUGCGGAUAUCGGUGGCUUGGAGCAACAGAUCCAAGAGGUGCGAGAGUCGGUCGAGCUGCCCCUGUUGCAUCCCGAGCUAUACGAGGAGAUGGGCAUCAAGCCACCCAAGGGUGUCAUUCUCUACGGCGCACCUGGUACAGGAAAGACACUUCUGGCCAAGGCUGUGGCCAAUCAGACCUCUGCCACGUUCUUGCGCAUUGUCGGGAGCGAAUUGAUCCAAAAGUACCUCGGUGAUGGUCCCCGGUUGGUCCGGCAAUUGUUGCCGCUGAGAACGCCCCCUCGAUUGUUGCAGCGGACUAUGCUGGAACUACUUAACCAGCUCGACGGCUUCGACGACCGCGGUGACGUGAAGGUUAUCAUGGCCACCAACAAAAUUGAGACGCUUGAUCCGGCCCUCAUCCGACCGGGCCGUAUCGACCGCAAGAUCCUGUUCGAGAAUCCCGACCAAAACACGAAGCGCAAGAUCUUCACGCUGCACACGAGCAAGAUGUCUCUUAACGAGGACGUCGACCUGGAGGAGUUUAUCGCCCAGAAAGAUGAUCUUUCGGGCGCUGACAUCAAGGCCAUCUGCUCCGAGGCCGGUCUCAUGGCUCUCCGGGAGCGCCGCAUGCGGGUGCAGAUGGCAGACUUCCGCGCCGCUCGCGAGAGGGUGCUACGUACGAAGCAGGAGGGUGAACCGGAGGGCUUGUAUCUGUAA